CUAUUGUUGAAGUUUUAUGUUAUUUAAAACAUUUUGCCCAUAAUGCAUCAUUUUAGCGGCUUCGCCAUCUUCUUUAUUUUCGUACUUUAGAACAGCCAGUCGUGUUAGAGAGUGAAAGAAACAUAUUUGGAAAUAAUUGGCUUGGUUGCCAUUUUGGAAUUAAAAAUUGUAACGUUACGAUUCGUUCCAGUUUGGAUGGUUUCCCCUUUUUUGGGGAGUUUACAUCCGCAGACAUUGGGGGAAUAGUGAGGAAACACGUGAAAGUGGCCGUGCCAGGAAAGAACUCUGCGGGUGAAGGGAAGGAGAAAGUGGUCACUCAAUCAAAACUUAAGAAAGGGAAGCAAACUUUUAUUAAUCUUGAAAUGAAUCACAUUUCAGCUGUUGAUAAAGAGAACCAACAUUCUGAAACGGAAGAAAUGGAUACCAGAGAAGAUGAAAACGUCCAGUAUCCAACUGAGAAGACCGAGGCAAAUAUUUAUAAUGGAGAUGUUCGAGAUGGAACACCUUCUACGCAGGAGGAAACCAUGGAGGAAGAGGAUGAGGUGAGAUCAGAAGCAACAUUUAGAUUUGUUGUUCCCAGCUUCAGCAGACUCCGAGAACAACUUCUAAGUCCACCCACGUUUGUGAGAAAUUUACCAUGGAAGAUUAUGGUAAUGCCUCGUACAAAUCAAGGUCAAGAUAGACAACCAACAAAAAGUGUGGGUUUCUUUCUUCAGUGUAAUGGUGAAUCAGAAUCCUCGUAA